AUGGAGAAGCACAACCACACACUGCUGACAGAAUUCAUUCUGAUGGGCAUCACAGACCGCCCUGAGCUGCAGGCCCCUUUGUUUGGGCUGUUCCUGGUCAUCUACCUGAUCUCACUGGUGGGCAACACAGGCAUGAUCAUCCUCACUAUCAUGGACCCCCGGCUGCAAACACCCAUGUACUUCUUCCUCAGACACCUGGCCAUUACAGAUCUGGGCUAUUCUACAGCUGUGGGACCUAAAAUGUUGGUAAAUUUUGUUGUGGAAAAAAAUAAAAUCUCCUAUUGUCUCUGUGCUACACAGCUAGCAUUCUUUCUUGUGUUCAUCAUUUGUGAGCUGUUUAUUUUGUCUGCCAUGUCCUAUGACCGCUAUGUGGCCAUCUGUAACCCUCUUCUCUAUACUAUCAUUAUGUCACAGAAAGUAUGUCAAAUAUUAGUGGCAAUUCCCUAUAUAUAUAGUAUCAUAAUUUCCCUACUAAUUACCCUAAAAAUUUUUGCUUUGCCCUUUUGUGGCUACAAGAUCAUUAGUCAUUUCUGUGACAGUCUUCCUUUAAUAUCUUUGCUCUGCUCAAAUACAAAUGAAAUUGAAAUUAUAAUUUUGAUUUCAGCAGGAUUUAACUUAAUUUCAUCUCUUGUGAUCCUCCUGUUUUCUUUCCUAUUCAUCCUUAUAUCUAUUUUCAGGAUGAAUUCAGCUGAAGGCAGGCAGAAAGCUUUAUCUACCUGUGGGUCUCACCUGACAGUAGUCAUUGUCUUCUAUGGGACUUUAAUAUUCAUGUAUGUGCAGCCUAAGUCCAGUCACUCUUUUGACUCUGAUAAGGUGGCUUCUAUCUUUUAUACCCUUGUUAUCCCAAUGUUAAAUCCAUUGAUUUAUAGCUUGAGGAACAAGGAUGUAAAACAUGCCCUUGACAGGUUGUGGAAAAUAGUGAUCAGUCUUUUCUGA